AUGGAGAAUAAGCCUUGGGAAAGGACGUCAAACUCAAAAAGUCAGAGAGCCAGCAUGCCUCAUCACUGGUCACUCAGAUCCCUUAGGCGGCAAGUGGAGAAUAUGAUAGUCAGAGGUGAGUUGACAGACUACCUCACAACAAAUGAGUACAUGAAGCCUCGGGAGGCCAACCCUCGGAGAAUAGAAGGUAAUCAAGUAAAGGUCAUCCAUGCAAUACAUGGGAGAUUAGAAGACAACCAAGAGUCAAAAGAAGUAUAUAGAUCUAGGCUAAGGGCAGCUCAUAAGCUAAGAAAGUUGUCCUCGGUGAACGCUAUCACCUCGGGCAGCAUCAGUAUUGGGUUCGGUGAUGCGGAUUUAUCUAGGGUUCAACUCCCUCACGAGGAUCCACUAGUCAUCAGCCUUCUGGUGGCAAACUGCAUGAUUAAAAGGGUUCUGAUAGAUCCGGGUAGUAGUGCCAAUAUUAUCACAAAGGCGGUCUUCGAGCAGCUAGAGAUCCCAUCAUCAUCAAUCUGUUCCACCUCCAGUCCCUUGAUGGGGUUCGAUGGAACGAAGGUAGACCCCCUUAGGGUUAUUGAUCUAUCUGUUACUACGGCAAAAAGAACAUUGAAAGAGAACUUUGUUCUAACAGAGAUACAUCUUUCUUAUAAUCUCAUUAUGGGAAGAGGCUGGAUUCAUAGAAUGAACGGGGUCCCGUCUACCUUUCAUCAAGUGAUGCGAUACUUAUCUUUGGAUGGUAAGGAGGUUAUUAAUCUCUGGGCAGAUCAAGUCACUACCAAAGAAUACUAUAUGUUGAUGCAGAGUGAGGCAAAGAAGAUAGUUAAGUAG